AAGAAAUAAUCAUCGUGGGUAUGAAAUAUAAAUACCAUCCUUUCGUUGUGAGGAGGUUAUUUUGUCAAUCUCAGUCCGUGGUCACAAGUCAUAAUCAUAAGUUGGCCAUCAUGCCAAGGAUAUCAAUAUUACUCUGCCCCUCCUAAUUCCUAUAUUCUAAUUUUUCAAGUAAUCAUAGCACUGUUAGAAGUGGUUUUUUUUUAACUUUAGUGUUUUUUUGAACGUUUGUUUUAAAACGUUUUUGCUUGGAUAAUGUAUUAUUGAAUUAAUCAUGUGAAAUAUUGUACAUCGUUUUAUUUUCUGUAAGUUGUUACUCAGACAUAUACACCAAAAAUGACUGAAUUUUGGAAAUCUACUGGCAAGAAAUUUUGCGACUUUUGCAAAUGUUGGAUUGCAGAUAACAAGCCUAGUAUUCAGUUUCAUGAAAAUGGUAAACGGCACCAAAUCAGCGUGGCCAAACGGUUGGUGGACAUUAAAAAAAAUAGUGCCAUCGAACGGAAAGAAGAACAAAAAAUGGAAAUGGACAUGAAACGGAUGGAACAGAACGCAAUGAAAGCGUACUACAACGACAUAACGAACAAUCCUGAUUACUCGUCACAAGUACUGAUCAAAGAGAAGGGCUUAUGUAUACGUCCUACGCCUUACAUGAUGACUCCGCAGCCAACGGGGCCACAUGUAAACAUCAGUUAUUCGAAAAACAACAUGCCCGUGUCCAUCAAACAGGUUGCGGCGCCCAAGCCCGAAUUUGUCUGGCACCAGUCCAGGACCGACGAUGGUUCCGACCUGAUGUACUACUGGAACACCGAGACCGGAGAGUCGGUUUGGGAACCACCGGCAGAGGGUUUCUUGAGCGUGGCCGAACAGGAAGCGGAAGAAAACGGUAAGGGAACGGACGGAAAAGGAAAGGACAGCAAGAGCAAGGAGAAGGCGGCGACCAAAAAGAAAGCACCGGCCGCCGGGUCGAAAGCCAAACGGAAAAAGACUACGGACAAGAAACCCGGUGACGACGUCGAUGACGACGAUGACGAUGGUGACGAAGAUGCUGCGGGAGAUCCUCCUCAGCCUCCAGUGCGAGGUGUAUUCGAACCGUUCAUGGCGGAAACGACACGCAUUGGAUCAUGGAGAACGGUGGAAAAGGUUCAGCCGCAGCCAGUGAUCGAUCUUCAGUUACCAGUACAGGAAUUCGUGGCGAUUAAGGUGCCGACUACCAAAGAAAAAGAACACACGUUCAAGGAAAAGAUAGUUGGGAGUGUGAGCGCUUUGACGAAGAACGAAUCGGCUGACUCUGUUUCAUUCAAGAAGUCCAAGUUUAAAAAAUCUAAUUGUAGAAAACGUUUAGACGACGACUGAAAGACGGUUUGAUUUCAAUUAUAAAAUCGACCAACUCAUCGUCAAGACCUCCUAAGUCACUCGGUGGACUUGCAUUUAUAUUAUAUUAGUGUUUAAGAACAAUACAUUUUUUUAAAUUUUAUAAUGUGCGUAUUAUAUUUUAUGAACGUAUCCGGCAGAUUAGGGCAUAUGUACAUAAUAUGUAUGCUUAAUGUAUCCUAUACGUAUCACAAUGGUUUUUCGAAUGUGUUCGUUUGGCAAAGCCCGAAAUUAUUGGUUUCAAGACUCUCGAUGAUUAUAUGUAUAAUAUCAAAGAUGACUAUAACAUUAUUAUGAUCAUCACGAUAGGUUGAUACCUGUAUUAUGGGAAACACGUUCUGAAGGGUUGUAUGAGAUUUCCUGCAAGGCGGCGCCAGCGCACCAAUAGUAGCGUGGCCAAUCAAAAACUGCGUUCCGUUAUUUUUCAGUCGCGAUUCUAUUAUAAUAUUUCUCAUUUAGAUUAAACUGGGUUUUUGCGUUCGCUGCUGUACUGUGAUGUGUGCCAAAUUCCAGAAUUUUCAAAUUUUCACCGUAACUUUACGGUUCGUAUACGAAAUUAAUGUAUCCCCUGGGUAACAAACGAGCGUUCGGGAACGCACGUGAUUCUUUUUAUCGCGAUGUGUUGCGUUGAAAUUAUUUACAGCCUUGGAGAAAAAAAUAAAAACCCAGUUGCUUAACAAGAUUUAAUGGGAUUUAUGAUAUUUUAUUUAUUCUGUACGAUUACGUUACGUUAUAUUAUUAUAAAAUAUCUAUUACUUAAAUAAAAAAUAAGCACAUCAUAAAUAUUUUGUUUUGCACUUCUUCAGAUAUUCUCUGAAAUGUAGUGCGUACCGAUAGUGUUAAUAUUAUUCAUUUUGGUUGGUAUCUAUGGUAUCUAUGGUACUAACGCUGUGUUGUAUAAUUGAUUUAAAAAAUUUUGAAUUUAUUCAUUAUUUGAUCAAGUUUAGAUGGACUUAAAAUUGUCUAUACUGUCUAAUUAUAUUAAUUUUGUUUAUUAAUGGUAACACCAAGUUUAUAAAUAAUUUUUACGAUUAUUGGUUUAGCGGAUUACUGCCAUAAUGAUUUAGGUGUAUAGAGGUAAUAUAAUCCUGAUACGUACCUGCAUAGGAUAGGAUAUAAUAUUGAUUUUAAAAUAUACUCACUACUAAAUAUA